UAACGCCAAAACUGAAAUUUAGUUGGACAUCUUAGACAAUUAUGAUGUCGGACGCUAAAUCUGAUGUUCGACCAUUGUUCACAUAUACAAUUGGUGGUGUCAAAAUUGAAAUGCCGGUCAGACCAUAUCCUUCUCAAGUUUCCAUGAUGGAUAAGGUUAUUCGUGGCUGUCAAAAGCAGCAAAAUUGUCUAUUGGAAAGUCCUACGGGGUCUGGAAAAACAUUGGCUUUAUUGUGUUCAGCAUUAGCAUGGCAGAGAGCAGAAAAAGAACGUUUAGAAAAACUAUCAGAAGAAGAAUUUCAACAGAAAUUAAUAGAAUGGCAACAAAAGGAACAACAAAAAAAACAACAAAAGGAAAAGAAACAGAAAAAACCUAAUACUCCAGAGAAGAAACUCGCAGAAACGAACAUUUCACCCGCUAAAAAUAAAGGAUUAUGUUUGUCAACGGACGUCACUAUCAGCGAUGAUUCGGAAGAGGAAAUGGCCAUAUUUAAACAGCCCGUUAAAAAGAGAAAAAUAAAUAACAGCAGAGAUUUGGACGUAUCCAAUGACAAAAGUAAGUCAAAUGAUGAUUCAAUAAUGACCGAUGAUUCCAGUGCUAACAACAGUUUGAUGACAGAAGACGAAAACGAAAAUAAUGAACCAAAAAUAGAAAAUAACUUACCGAAAAAGACUAAACCAAUUAUCCCUGUGAUAUACUUCUGUACGAGAACCCAUAAACAAAUUGAACAAGUUAUCAAAGAAUUACAAAGAACUAGUUUUAAUAACGCCAGGAGUUGCGUGUUAGCGAGUCGUGAACACACGUGUAUUCAAGAUUCUAAUAUAUUCUACCCCCAGAUAUCAUACAAAUCAAAAACUGAACUAUGUAGGGAUUUAUUAGAUCCAAGAGCGAGACGGAGAAAUUCGAUAAAAUUAAGGAAGCCAAUUGAUAGAUGUAAUUAUUACGAUAACGGUGGUGUGAAAAUAAGCACUUAUGGCCAACUAGCCAAGUUUGGAGUAUCAUCUGUUUGGGAUAUCGAAGACAUAGUGCGUUUGGGCAUUACUAAACAUUCUUGUCCAUACUACGGUACACGAUUGUUGCUUAAAACUGCCGAAAUAGUUUUUUGCCCUUACAAUUAUAUCAUCGAUCCGGUGAUCAGAAGGACCAUGAACUUGAAACUUAAAGGCCACGUGAUAAUUGUAGAUGAAGCACAUAAUAUCGAAGACCAAUGCCGUGAUGCUGCAAGUUUGCAAUUAGAUCAGACUAAUAUGAAUUUGGCCAAAGCGGACUGCGAAAAAAUAUAUAAAUCUUCUGGCAACUCGGUGACUUACGGAAGACUGGCUCGAUAUUUGUCCGAUUUGUCGAAGUGGAUUGAUGAAAAGUCUAAUGAUAUUAAAACUUACGACGAAUAUAAUCGUGGUGUUUUAUCGUGGUCUGGCACCUACACCAUAGCCAGUUUCGAUGAUUUUGGUGUCGGGUUGAAGGCCUUCGAAAUUUUUAAAAAAGAUUGUGAUACCGCGUUGGCUGAUUUAGCCGAAGAAAAUGAAUCCGAAGAAACGAAAAAUAGUAAAAAGGAAAAUGUAGAAAAUGAAUUGGGGAAUAAAGAUGAAAAUGAAACGAUAGAAAACAAUUCGUCCAAAGAUCAAGACCCCGAUUCGGCUAUUACGAAUGCAACUAAAACUUUACUGUCGUCGAUCUGUUCAGUGUUUAGUUUGUUUUAUGACGAGAAAUACAAAUAUGAUUACCACGUUUCCUUGGUAAAGGUCAUGCAAUUAAAAAAAUUUGAACACAAAGAACGAGGAAUCAUGACGGGCAUAGGCGGAUGGCUCAACAGUGGCCCGGAGGAGCCCAAAGACACGCGACCGGUGUGGAACAACGUGGUCAGCUUCCUGUGCCUGAAUCCGGCGGCCGUAUUCGACGAACUUAAAUCGACGGUACGCAACAUCAUUCUGACGUCGGGCACCCUGUCGCCGAUGCAAUCGUUCCAGUCCGAGCUCGGCACGCAGUUCCCGAUCGCCCUGGAAGCCGCACACGUCAUCAAACAAGACCAGUGUUGGGUGACGUCGGUGGGCGUCGGGCCGAGCGGGACGGACCUAAACGGUCAGUUCCAGAACAUCAACACGUACAAUUACCAGGACGAGAUGGGCAAAGUGCUGUUGGACGUGUGCACCGUCGUGCCGCACGGUGUGCUGUGCUUCAUGCCGUCGUACACGCUCAUGGACAAGCUGUACAACCGGUGGCAGCUCACCGGACUCCUGAACCGCCUCAACCAGAUCAAGGUGGUCAUGUGCGAGCCCCGCCGGGGCGACCAGCUCGAGGAGUUGAUGGCCAAAUAUUACGCUGCCGUCCGGGGGGACGAGGGCGGCCCGCGCGGCGCGCUUUUCCUGGCCGUGUACCGCGGAAAAAUCAGCGAGGGGCUCGAUUUCUCAGACAACAACGCCCGAGCGGUGGUGGCCGUCGGUAUUCCGUUUCCUAAUUAUAAAGAAGAGUCUGUGAAGCAUAAAAAAGAUUACAAUAACAAACAUCACAAAAACAAAGGGCUGUUGCCUGGCUGGGAAUGGUAUCAGAUACAGGCCUACAGAGCGUUGAACCAGGCAUUAGGACGUUGCAUUAGACACAAGAACGAUUGGGGUGCUAUCCUGUUGGUGGACAGCAGGUAUGAACAGCCCAAGAACCAGUCCGGACUGUCCAAGUGGAUAAGAGGAAGGGUCGAAAAUAACAGUUCGUGGUCAACGAUCGUAGCCAAACUCAAGAACUUUGUAGAGACGAGACAGCUACACGAUUCUACUGCAGCAGCUCUAACAUGAUUGUUAUUUUUGUACAUAUUCUUAUUGGACUACAACGCCACACCCAACUUAUAUUAUUCCUAUACUUAAUAAUAGUUUUCUUAUUGUUGGUUAUCAUCAGUAAGUAAAAUACAUAAAUACAAUUUAUUUUUCUAUUACCUACUAUUA